AUGGCAACCGGAGAGGACCGCACAGUCUUGAGUGGUUUGGCGAUGAGGCUGUUCCAACUGAUGUCGGAGAAAGCGACCUCACGGCAGUGGACGGAAUGGAUUGAAGCCCCCCUGGAGCACGCUGUUGCUGAGGGCGACAAGGACCUUGCGUGGACCCUGCUGAAAGCCGCGGCGAACGGCGGUCCGGGCUGGAAGGGUUGCGACGACCGCACUCUACUCCACGCGGCUGCGGAGUCAGGAAACGCCGAGAACACGCAACGCUUCAUCAAUGCGCGAUCCAGCUUUGCUGGAGGGGACUCUUGAAGACGGAAUCCGGCCGCAGGCUCCAUCGCGAUGAUGUCAUCGUCGUCGUCGACGUCAUCUUCACUGUCCAGCUGUGAAAAGGGGGUGUUGAACAUCGCCGGGGUCACCACCUAUCACACUUGGUCCGAGAAAGGGAGGCAUAAGACAGGCGCUCUGAAUAAAUCCACACACACCCCCACGUGCAUGCAAAACGAGAGGCAAAGUCGAAACACAACACGGACCUAGACUCGAAAACUUGCCAUCAUCGUCUGCGCUUGAGUCGCUGUCGCAGCUUGAUUCUCCACCGCCCAGCCCCCCAUCGUUGUCGCCGACCUGAUCAUCGCGGUCGGGCAUCUCCUCGUCACCGCUCGUGUCCCCGACCAUGAAGUUGUACGCCCCCACUACGCCCUCCGGAGUGAUGCGGUCGUCCAACGAUCCGUAUGCCGUCAUCUCCGAUCCAGUCUUCUCAAAAAGGCGAUGGCGGUACCCAGGCCGAGCGUCCAUUCGCGCAACCGCCGUUGCAAUGAAUCGCGUGAAAAGAAUACGCCGUGCGCCAGCUGAAAGCUUGUUGGUCUCCGACAGGAGC